AUGGCCCAAGGAUCCUUCUCGAAACUCGCAGGUGUCACAGCGCUUCUCUUCGACGUCUUCGGCACCGUCGUCGAUUGGCGCACUUCUGUCACCGAUGAGCUGAACCUACGCGCCUUUCGGAAGCUCUCCUCUGACCUGUCGCCCGAGCUGAAAUCGAGGCUCACCGCCCUCACCGAGGCGGACUGGGGCCGUUUCGCAGAGCAGUGGAGGAAAUCGUACGGUAGCUUCACCGGCAGCUUCAACGCCUCCACGGACGCAUGGAAGACGGUCGACCAGCAUCACCGCGACAGCCUCGAGGAGCUCCUGGCCGCCUGGGGGCUCGAGGGGCUCUACACGUCCUCUGAGCUCGACUCUCUCAGCCUGGUGUGGCAUCGGCUGGCGCCCUGGCCUGACUCCCCCGAUGGUCUUGCCAAGCUGGGCGAGAAGUACACGACGUCCACCCUGUCGAACGGGAACCUGGCUCUGCUACAGGACCUCAACGACUUCGGCUCACUGGGGUUCCAUAAACUCCUCUCCGCGGAGACAUUCAAGGCCUACAAGCCCGCCCCGGCCACCUAUCUUGGAGGCGUCCGGGAGCUGGGUCGCGAACCACAUGAGGUUGCCAUGGUGGCGGCACACAUUGGCGAUCUGCUUGCGGCAAGGGAGUGCGGGCUUAGGACUGUGUAUAUCGACCGGCCGCGAGAAGAGGCAUCUCCGCAGGAUGAGAAGGACAAGCUCGCGGCCAAGGAUCUGAUAGAUGUGUGGGUGACGGUUGAGGAGGAAGGGCUUCUCGCUCUGGCCAAUAAGAUUAUUGCGUCAUGA